AAUCCACUCAUACCUCACCAGCGCACGAGAAUCAGUAAAUCUCAACCUUUUCGUUCGUGAGAAUCAGUAAGAUUCGGAAGAGAAACAGUGCAGAGAGUUGACCUGCACAAUCGAGUAUAUAGACGCGCACGGAAGGCAGAUGUGGCAGGGUAUCUACAAUCACGCCUUCUGCUUCACGAACUUCGGAACUCUACAUCAGAUUCUGAGUGGCAUGGAAGGUAUCGGAGCUAUGAGUAACCUCAAACUCAUAGCUCUGAUAAGCAUCGUCGUGCUUGUCUUCACGAGCACCACCUUCCUGGUCGAGAAGGUCGGAGCAGUGGAUCAAGAUCCCCUUCUAGGUUUCUCUCGAAAUGCCACCAGAUCAACUGUUAGACGUAUCUGUGGAGGUGCUCGGGCUGCUCUGGACAUAGAAAACUUCUCGGGCCUCAUAGCAAUGAAUACAAUCGACGAUCAUUUCAGGUUUCAGCAUAGACCUUGUAGUUGUAGAAGAUGUAUCAGCCUCACAACCCGAAGAAGCGCAAAUCAUCCCCAUAGAAUACACGAAGGGCUCGAGCGUAAUAGAGUAGAUUUCCGCACUCCUGGUGCAAAUGCAGGUAAAGAGUCAGGUUGGGUUUUUGCGGAGCGAAUGUACAAGACGCUUCUGCUGGAUUUACAGAACUUCUAUCUUUAAUACUGGGGCAGAUUUCCGACAUUUCAAAGGAGCUGAGGGAGUUCGAGUUGUAGGUAGUAUACUUUAGCUUAGAAUAAUAGGGUGAGCACCAGGCUCCGAUGUACAUUUGUAGCGCCUGCCUUACAAGGCACUUUCAAUUAAAAAUCCGUCUGAAUUUUACCUCUGC